UGGAGGGGGAGGACGGUGGGGGAGUCAACCCGCCGGCGUCUUCCAGCCUGCCGGCUCCAAUCGCGGCGCUCCGGGCUCGAUCUGGGUCGGGGUCCCCGCACUGAACGUGGAAACGGGGUCCGGGGAGGCGCUGGGGAAAACACUCGGGGAUACUCAUCAGUCUCGCCCCCCGCGGCCAGCUGGAGUGGUACGCUCCACCCAAACUUCCCAGCUGGGUUUAAUACGCGUGUUGGGAACCUCCGAGGAUGUUAGGCGCGGCGCGAGCGGCGUGCAGGUAUCGGGAAAGAGCACCACGCGGUGAUCGGGGCCGGCGCUGGGUCGCCAUGCAAAGCGAAGGCAGCGGGAGCAUCCAUUCCGACAACGUCUCCGAGGUCCACGAAGUGCCCAUGCGGGUCAUCAUCAGACCCAUCCCGCCGGUCCUGGACGAGAGUAAAGUUGAAAGUCUCAUGAAGACCAUCCAGGAGGAGCCUGACCGGGUCCCCCCAAUUGAUGUCCUCUGGAUCAAAGGCAGAGAAGGAGGAGAUUAUUUCUAUUCUUUUGGAGGGUGCCACCGUUACGCAGCCUACAAGCGCUUGAACAAGGAGACCAUCCCGGCUAAAAUCAUCCGGUCGAACCUCAGCGACCUGCGGACUUACCUGGGCUCUUCUCUCCCCGACUUGCGAUAGGUGGAGGCUUUCUCCUCCCUUCCCUCCCCCUCCACCGCCACUUCCAGAGCAUCCUUGGACCUUUUGAAUCUUGGAGAUGCGAGCUGGACGCAAGGAUUGCUCUUGGUCUCCUUUGCCCGACAUUCAACCAUGAGGACUAGCAGACCAUCUCUCUGUUGGGUAUAGAGUGGCCCAGCUCCAUGUCUCUCAACCUUUGUCACUUGAAGAUGGGUGGACUUCAACUCCCAGAAUUCCCCAGCCAGCUAUUGCAAAAUCCAGAUGGCCUCUAGGUGGCGGCAGAGCGCUGAGGAUGUUCUGUUAUCUCUUUGCUGUAUCUCUUUGCCAUGGCUGAGGGAUUCUGGGAGUUGAAGUCCACAUACCUUCAAGUGGCCACCGCAGAUGGCUAGCUGGGGAUUUCUGGGAGUUGAAGUCCACCCAUCUUCAAGUGGCUAAAGCUGAGAAAUGCUGGCCCAGCCUAUAUUGUGUUCACUAUGUAGUGAACCAGGGGUCUUCAGACUCGGCCCUUUUAUGACUCGUGGACUCCAACUCCCAGAAUUCCUCAGCCAGCCUCCAUUUUGUUUGUUAGAUUUAAGACGGGUCUUCAAACUCGGCCCUUCCUUUUAUGACUCGUGGACUCCAACUCCCAGAAUUCCUCAGCCAGCGUGUCUGGCUGAGGAAUCUGGGAGUUGAAGUCCAGGAGUCAUAAAAGGGCCGAGUUUGAAAGACCCCUGUAGUGAACAGUGAAAAUAAAUGGUUACUGCUUGGUUGUGAACGAUGGGCUAAGCUGGGAUUUGGGAUUGGGUCUCACAAGUAAAUAAUCUUUAUUUUUUAAUUUUUUUUAAUAAAAUGUAUAUGCUGCCCAUCUCGUAUCCGA